CUUCGACGGAUGGCAAUAAAACGCAGCGCUCGACGGGACAUGGCCAACAGUUGGAGACGACACUUCGACAAGAUGUGGUCGCUAUCGCUAUUGCCAUUUGUGCUCUGGCUGCUCUGUUGCUCCUUUCUCGCUAGCGAGAGCAGCAUGAUGGGCCAGGAAGCCUGGCUACGUCCCGGCUGUCACAAAGUGGGCAACACCCGGAAGAUUUCCAUACCGAAUUGUGUGGAAUUUACAAUUACAACUAAUGCUUGUCGCGGCUUCUGUGAAUCGUAUGCGGUGCCAUCGAUUCCCUCCGCUGUCUCGGGACUGUUUCGUCCACCCAAGCCGGUGGUAUCAGUGGGUCAGUGCUGCAACAUGAUGAAGUCCGAAGAGAUUCAACGUCGUGUGCUUUGCAUGGAGGGAGUGCGCAAUGUGACCUUCAAGAGCGCCAUUUCCUGCAGCUGCUAUCACUGCAAAAAGGAUUAG